AUGGUGUGGUCUUGCAUUGGUCCAGCAUUAAACAAUUUAAAUUGGCCCUUCUUGGCGUACAAGGUAGAUUAUUGGUGCGCGAGAACACCGAAAUACAUUAACUUGUCUGUGGAAGAGUGGAAGAAUAUCAGCGCACCUCUGGACUUCAAAAACGGGAGAACAACGCAUAGUCGAUGUGAAGUAUACGAUAUUGACGAUACCGAAUAUAAAAAGAACUUUUCAAAGAUUCCUUGUCGCUCGUGGGAAUACGAUCGUUCACAAUAUAAAAACAGUGUCAUUGAAAAGUGGAAUUUAGUUUGCGAAAGUUCUUGGUUGAGUUCUCUCGCUGGAUCUUCUUACUUCGUGGGAUUCUUCGUAUCCGGUAUUGUAUCUGGUCAGAUAUCCGAUAGAUAUGGCAGAAGACCAGUGAUAAUAUGGAGUGUCGUGCUUCAUAUAACCUUUGGGACUCUUUGUUCAUUUUCUCCAUAUUACUGGAUGUUUACUCUAUCUCGUUUCUUCUUGUCUGCAGGAAACACAGCCUGUAGUCUAACGUUUUAUGUAUAUGUUAUGGAAGUGGUCGGACCAAGCUACAGAGAAAAAGUAAUGGUAAUUCAGUCUUUUUUUUAUACCACGGGGACGCUUCUACUUACCGGAGUAUCUUGGUUCCUCAAAGAUUGGACUUAUAUUCAAUUAUGCGGCAUUUUGCCAUCUAUUAUAAUACUCCUGCUCAUCAGUUAUAUACCGGAGUCUCCGAGAUGGCUGCUAACUCACGGUCGACUACGUAAAGCCGAAGACGUUAUAAGAAACAUAAUGAAAAAGAAUAAAAGACACACCGACGAUUUAUCCGAAAUUAUUGAAGAACUUUAUUGGAAAAUUAGAACGGAUGAAAAUAAGAGGAAAAUGAACUUUUUGCACUUGAUCAGGAAUAAACAGUUACGCAAGAUUACUUUCCUCAUGUACAUCUUAUGGUUAGUAAUAAUAUUUGACCUCUAUGCAUUAUCAUUAAAUGCAGAUAUCACAGGAGGAAACAUCUUUCUUUUUUUUGUUUUAUUUUCCUCAUUACAAUAUUGUGUUUCUGGUGUUUUGACCAUUAUUUUACCUCGCUUUGGAAGACGACGUAUUUUGAUGUUUGGACACCUUUUAGUGGGCAUCACAUCGUUGCUGACAACAGCUGUUUCAGACGAUCUUAUAUGGCUGAGGAUUGUCUUCGUAGUAUUAAGUAGAUGCUUCACGACUAUUGCAAUAAACACAAUAUAUGGAUAUACUCUAGAAUUGUACCCGACUGUAGUUCGUAACGUGGGUAUCGGAUCGUGUUCUACAUUUGCCAGAAUCGGAUCGAUCGCUGCACCUUUUAUGAAGGAUCUUAGUGAAAAGGUGAACUGGAGCAUUCCCUUUAUUAUAGUAGGUGUAUUGACUCUUUCGUCUGUGUUGUGCGUUUUGCCUUUACCGGAGACCAAAGAUAUUCGUUUGCAUGAUAUUAUUGUCAAUAAUACAGCAGAAAAUGAAGAGGAAUAA